UUUUCCGGCUCGUGGGGAGUCGGUCGCGAGAGGCGGACGGUCUGAAGUUAGGAAGCGUUUUCGGCGGCGCUUCGACGGGCCCCCAGCCGUCAACAUGCCACAGAACGAAUACAUAGAAUUACACCGAAAACGGUAUGGCUACCGCUUGGAUUACCAUGAGAAAAAGAGAAAGAAGGAAAGCCGAGAAGCUCAUGAACGUUCAAAGAAAGCAAAGAAAAUGAUUGGUCUAAAGGCCAAACUCUACCAUAAACAGCGUCAUGCUGAGAAGAUUCAGAUGAAAAAGACUAUCAAGAUGCAUGAAAAGAGAAAUACCAAGCGAAAGAAUGAUGAAAAAACUCCCCAAGGAGCAGUGCCUGCCUAUCUGCUGGACAGAGAGGGACAGUCCCGAGCCAAAGUCCUUUCCAAUAUGAUUAAACAGAAACGAAAAGAGAAAGCUGGUAAAUGGGAAGUGCCCUUGCCAAAAGUUCGUGCCCAGGGAGAAACAGAAGUGUUAAAGGUUAUUCGUACAGGAAAGAGAAAGAAGAAGGCUUGGAAGAGAAUGGUUACUAAAGUGUGCUUUGUUGGGGAUGGCUUUACUCGAAAACCACCGAAAUAUGAAAGAUUUAUUAGGCCAAUGGGUUUACGUUUUAAGAAGGCUCAUGUAACUCAUCCUGAACUUAAAGCUACUUUUUGCCUGCCCAUACUUGGUGUGAAGAAGAAUCCCUCCUCCCCACUAUAUACAACUUUGGGUGUUAUUACCAAAGGGACUGUCAUUGAAGUGAAUGUGAGUGAGCUGGGCCUUGUGACACAAGGAGGCAAAGUUAUCUGGGGAAAAUAUGCACAAGUUACCAACAAUCCGGAAAAUGAUGGAUGCAUAAAUGCUGUCUUGCUUGUUUGAUUGACUGAUUGAAUGAAGUUCUACAUCUUUGACAAUUAUUAAAGAUUCUACAAUAUAUCAAGAAAACCACAA